AUGUGCCGUCGUGUGGACAAAACAUCCAACUAUCUUACCCAAGCCAGUCUUCUCGUUCUUUCCAGUGUCGAGGGACCUCCAAGAAGCCCCUCCCCCUCCCCCAAGGCAGUUUCUUCUACUGUAUCUCUCUACGGCGGUCUCCUUGAACUCUUUCUGAGCAUUUAUGGUGGUAAAAUCCUAGGUUAUGCAUGCUUCCUCACAAUACGGUGUCCUCUACGCGCCUCUCUACCUGCAGUCUCAACGAGACCAUCAGAUGAAAUGCCUAAAGAGAGGUCUCCAACAGCUUAUGAAUCCGGGGGACAAGUCUCGGUACACUGCUUAAGGUCUCUGUCUGGAAAUCAACAGAUCAUAGAAAAGACCGAGAUGCCACGCACUAAUGCGACUGGGCUUACCCCCGCAUCUGGGGCCAACAUCGGUGUUAGCUUCCAAAUGACAGCUGCCGAUGUGCUUGACACCGUCACCUGA